AUGGGCCGAAGAGUAGGGCAAAACAAAUCUCCUGUUACGACAAACCACAUUACACACUCUGCCGUCACCCCUCACCCACAGAGCGAUGCUUCCCUGGGGCUGUACUCACACAAACACGAUGGAAGCCGAGGCAAAGCGAGAGGCGGUGAGACUGUGGAGCUAACCGCUGUGAAGCUAGGCUCUCCCCGCGGCUGCAUCACGAACGCAACCAGCUUAUCCAUAGGCCUCCAGCACCAGGCCUCCAGCACCAGGCCUCCAGCACCAGGCCUCCAGCACCAGGCCUCCAGCACCAGGCCUCCAGCACCAGGCCUCCAGCACCAGGCCUCCAGCACUAGGCCUCCAGCCCCAGGCCUCCAGCACCAGGCCUCCAGCACCCAGCCCCCAGCCUCCAGCCCCAGGUCUCCAGCACCAGGCCUCCAGCCUCCAGCCCCAGGUCUCCAGCACCAGGCCUCCAGGAGAAACCCGCAAGAAAGCCGGCGAUAA